AUGUUAACUGAAGAGAGAUAUCCCAACGCCUUCGCACCCUCUGGCAACAAGAAUAAGGCUCUAACUCUGGGGGCGCUGUUCCUUCUGAUUGGACCUGUUUACUGCCAAACAGAUCCAGCGGCUGCCACACCACUCGCCAGCGGCGACCAAAACCAAACGGGAUCUGCAAGUGGUACCACUACUCCAUCACCAGCUGUACAAUCUUCCCCACAGCCUACCAAGUCUUCCACCAAUGAGUCGCUGCCAGUAGAAUCCGGUGACGGCAACGCCACCUCUACAGUAUCACCAACCCCAUCGGAUUCUAACACAACAAAGCCAAACACCACUGCCAAGAUGGAGAUGACUUAUCUUGUCCGUCGGCCCACCACACAACCCCCGACAGAUGCCCCUCACACACCGUCAGAGAAUCCCCUGGAUGAACCGGAAAGUCAGCUUCUCAACGCAUCUACGUUUGAGCUGGCCGUGAAGCAGGUAGCGGAGUCGGAAGGGUACAACUACAGCAGCCCAGUGGAUCAGUGCAUACUCCGCAAAAUUCUGGAGCCAAUUUACUUUGACUUCGAGGCAGAAAAUGGUACGUACUGCCCGAGUUAUUACGAUGAGAUCCAAUGUUGGAAAGCCAGUCCACCAGGUCUUGUUGAAAUGCAAUGUCCGCAGUUCUUCAACGGUAUCUUUUACAACACCAAUGAUACUGUGACUAGAUUGUGUUUAUUCAAUGGCUCUUGGGGAAAUGAUAAUAAAUCGGAUUAUAGCGAAUGCAAGGCAGUGACGGACUUUGAUGACUCCAAUCCACACGAGAAAGCUGCAGAUAUUCUGAUAUAUACGGGUUACAGCCUUUCCUUCACUACCCUACUGGGGGCGUUUGUCAUUCUUGUUUAUUUUAAGAGUUUACGAUGUGUAAGGAAUUACAUUCAUCUGAACCUUGUGACCAGUUUUCUACUUCUAUAUCUCAUCUUUUUCCUCAUGAUCAUUAUUAGUACUUUCUCGGAGGUGGCCGAAAGAGCAUGGUACUGCCGGUUGCAGGCAACGGCCGUUUUCUACAUCAAUCUGACCAGCUUCUUUUGGAUGUUCGUAGAAGGUCUUUAUCUCCACACCAUGGUUGUAAGAGCCCUCACCGUCCGGAGAGAGAAAUUUUGGGUGUAUUGUCUCAUAGGCUGGGGAUUACCGGUCAUAUUUUCAGCAGCUUAUGGUAUUACUGUGACAAUACUAGCUUCAGGCUCAGAAACCGAAUGUUUCCAAAACAGCAAUGCAGAGUAUAUAAUUCGAGUGCCUAUCAUAAUAGUUAUACUGGUCAACGUGUGCUUCAUGGUUCAUAUAAUGGUUAUUCUCGUCACCAAAUUGAGGGCUUCGCAUUCCUUUGAAACGCAACAAUACAGGAAAGGUGUCCGAGGAAUAGUGGUCCUUUUGCCUCUGCUCGGAGCAUCUUACUUCAUGCUUCUCCUGGAGCCAAGCCCGGAGAAGCCCAACGCCUCCACCUAUGUAUAUCGGUACUUGAAUGCGUUCCUUCAGUCCACGCAGGGCUUCUUCGUCGCCAUCAUUUAUGUUUAUAUGAAUCAAGAGGUCCAAAAUGUUAUCAAGAGAUUGCUGAGGAGAUGGAGAGAAGAGAACACGCUACCAUCGCAACGGAACAUUUCAAGAAGGGGUUCCCAUUCGCGACAGAACAGCCUCGCGAACAACCUUUCUCAUUUCAGGAGAGGAUCCAAUGAGGAUACGUGUGCCACCGUCAAGACAACCAUUCACUCCAAACACGAUGGCGGAGACCACGUCGGCAACGGCAAAGUUCCGAGCUACGUCGGUGUGGGAAGACGGGAAGAGCUGGUUCCAUUGAAACCAGUUCAUGAGGGUAGCAACGAGAAGCUACCAGAUUGGCCUGCUUCGGAUUCCCCAGCAACGAUCCUUGAAAAGGAGACAACUGCACUGACAACAGGAGAGGUGCUUCUGGAUGAGAAAGUCAACGGCUUUGAGCCUGAAAAUGAAAGAGUUGAAGAGGAUGAGGAAAACGGUUUCCGAAGCGGUGAAAAUUCUAUAACUGAUGACCAACCGGUAGGUGUAGGAUCUGAUGAAGCGCUGAUCGUCCACGGGAACACGCCUGUCAUGGAACAGAAUCUAUUUCUUCAAGACAAACUGACGCGUGAGAACAAUAACCUACAGCGAAACGGCACCAAGGCCAAUGGGUCUGAUGAGAAUCAAUUGGCCGGACAAGUAGGUGCACUGAACGCUAGUAAGGAAAAUGUGCAAGGUAGUGUCCCUGCGGAAGGCAACCAAAACAAUAGCAACAACACGCAGCUUCCAUGUAUACUGAAAGCCCCAAACGAGAGGCAUUGUUCCGCUGGUAAGAAACAUGUUGCCUUUGUGUGUCCAGAUAUCACUGGGGACGUUCCGCCCCAUCAACAGUUCUUUGAGGACUCUGAGUCUGACUCGUCUUUCAUAGCGAACCAAUAUAUAGAACUCUCUCCGCAAUCUGCCGCUUACACGUGCAGUACGAUCGCAUCUGACCCGUGGACGAGGGAAGGCGACAGGUCAAAAUGGAGCCCAAAGAUUCUUUUUAAACGACCAAUAUUUCACGGGAGCCCCGCUUCGCAAAGAUUAGUGCGUCCGUCAUCUGGCGACCAAGGUCGCAAUGGUCGAAUCAAGCUUCCAAAAUCGCCCGCGGGGACUCCUGUAUGACUAGCUCCGCAAGUGGACGGUUACGAUUUACCAAGCCGCGACUUUAUUUUAUGACAUUGUGACAUUUGUUUCAAGGGCAUGAUUACUUCUGCAACAUGAACCAAUGAGAAGCACCAAAUCUGUACUCAAUGAAACGGCCUUUAAAGAUAUCUUCGGCUGCCCUAUCGAAGGGGAAGGACGCUCUAAAGCUUAAAAUUACUGUGAAAUCGGAGUUUAUACAGUGAAAAGACAAAGGGCAGAACAGGAUAUUGACAGUGGCACCAUUAUAAACUCGCCUGUUCUACCUGUGAACUCAUUCUUUCAAAACACUAAUAGAGACAGGACUACAUGUCUACGCCGAAUGCAAUUCCCUAAACUGGUCAUGUAAGUCACAGUUGAGUGCCUCCAACUCCAUGUACGUCUUGUACAAACCAUUAUCAAAUCCAUUGGUAAAUUAUCAUUUUUUUUUUACCAGACUAAGGUCUCGCUAAGCGACACAGCGGUCGUUACGUGGAAACAAGAACAUCUUGGAACCAGUCAUUUGUUUCGAAUGUGAACUAUUAUUUGCACUUCGGGCAAGAUCUCAUGAGAGGAUUUUGCGCAAAGUCAUCUUAACUACCGUUAACUGUCUUACUGUGUCCAACCAUCUCCAGUUGUAUGUACUUUGUUUCCAUAUUUACACCCUGCGUUGGAUUUAACGCUGGCCACUCUGCUAAAAUAAACAAAAAUGGCGAAAGAAAUGACCUUUCCGUACUUUAGUAGAUGUCCUGUAGACUAUUUGUAAAUAGUUUAGAUGCUCGGUUAUCAGGGGCUCGAUGACAUAAUUACUUUUAUUUUGUAAAUUAGAUUUAGAUAUAUCCUCAUAAUCUUGAUUGCCUUAAGUGUGUCGCUGUACAUAUGCUCAACUCAUGAAAAUAAUUGAUUUAACCCAAAUCAUGAACGUCCAACUUUACAUUUAUGAAAACGUAGCACUUUAUAGCCUCGUUCAGACGAGGGAUCCUUGUAAAAUUCUGUUUUGCAUGGAUUACAAUUCCC